UCAAAUGUACAUUGUUAUGUUACAGCUAAUGAUUUACCACUCGUCCAAGAAUGAAAAUUUGGCUUCACAACCAAUCAAGCAAAGCAGGAAACCACUGUGUGUAUUCUGCACUGUACCUGGCUUGAAGUUUUGAGGAGGUACUUGAUACCGCUGGAGAUGGCUGCACAUAACAGGAACAUUAGCAUAAGAAACCAACACAGCUGAGUAUGGAAUGUUUGACGGAAUCCAGGCAUUGAUGAGCAUGUAUUACCAUUAAGAAGGCCAUUGACCGAGUCUUGCCUAUGGACCUCUGGAUCAUCGCCAGUUGGAGAUGAAAAUUAUCAGGGUAUGCUUCCUUUUGGAUCAAUCAUCACUAGGCUACUCAUCAACCUCGGGGUUGAUCUUUCAAAUUUAAGAAGCGUGUCUUCUACAAUGUAUGUGAGUGCAUUGAAUGUACUCAUGAUACUAAAUCUUCCCACUGAGAUUCCUUUCCCUCCUCAACCUUCAGCCUCUCUUCUUGGUCCUCCCCCCAAGCCAUCCUCUUCUAAGAAGGCCAAAUCUGCUGGGGAAACCAGCAAAGCUGGUGAUUUGGUUUUCACUAUCUCUGACGGGAGCUCUUCCUCGGAUGACUUAGCAGCCUCUGCUCCCGCUCCUUAGAGUUGUCUUUCCUAGGGGGAAUCUGCUUCAACUGUUGUUUCUCUUAUUUCUGCAACUAGGGUAUUUAUCUUUUGUAAUGAAGUCCUCCCAGACUUAGCUUAGUUGAGGAUUCUUAGAUGUAGGGGGAAUCCUCUUUUGUUCAACAUGCUCUUUUUAGAGUGAUGUUUCCUAUGCUGUAACCCUACUAGCUUCUAAUGCAAUUUUCUUUGUUUUCGAGUACUGGUCUUUGUGGUUUGCUUGCUCUUUCUUUGCUUGCAGGUCAGACUUAUUGGACGAAGGGGGAAAUUGUUGUAUACCAGAGCAGUCUUCCUCAUCGAGAAGCUAAGAUGACGUCGGAUUAGCCAAAGAUGUGCGUUCUUCACAAAGAGCAACACACAGCGCUUCUGAACCAUACUACGUCGUCUCAAGGAGAUCGUCCAUCAAAGUCUUCCAUCGAGGAUCUUCUCCUCAGAUCCUCAACAUUCUUCCUCGACAACCUCUUCGACCCUUCAUCUGCUCGACAGUCUCCUCGUGCUCCAUCAAGGGCGGUGCCUCAAGCCUACCUCAAGAUCAGGAUGACCUGAAGAUGACCGUUCUGAUCAAAUCCUCUCGCAAGAAGCCAACAGGUCCUUAUAACGGUCAUUAAGUCCUCUCACCUAUAAAUUCUAGGGUUUGUAAUUCAAUUGCGACUUGGCAGUCUAUAGUAGAAGAAUAAAGAAGUGUCUUCUGUUACUUUGGGUCAUGUUCCUACUUCGGUAGAAGACGUUAAUAAAAAAUCUUGGUUGGGAAAAGUUCUUUGAUCUCCGGAGUCGAGGAAGCACCAGUUACUGCCCCCAUGUGGUGAGGAAGUUCUACCACAAUCUACAGCUUUCUGGUCCCUAUGAUUCUCAUCUCGUGUCGAUCUUCCUGGGACAUAGAGUCUGUUUCCAGCCUCAUCGGUUUGUUGAGAUCCUUGAUCUUCCCGCCGGAGGACACCCCAUUGAGAGCAGAAGCGAUCUUGGGCGGCUGUACGAUUUUGAGUUUGAAGUUGAACUGGAAAAACUCACAAAGGGGCGCAUCCAGGCUUCUUUCCUCCCAGAUCCUCUUUCAUUCCUCCACUGGUUGAUCGUCAACUGCUUCCUGCUAAGGUACCGUGGUCAUUUGAUUAUUCGUAAACUUGAAUUGUUUAUCGUGCAAGCUCAAAGAGGUGUUCCUGUUAACCUCGCAUCUCUCAUGUGCCUGAAUAUGGUUGAGGUUGCUCCUAGAGGGGAAAAUUGGUAUACUGCCUUUCCCUAUGCCAUCUUUGUGACCACCUUUCUUGAAAGGUUGGGAUGGAUAUGGUGGUUUAUGUUAAGGAGGACCAGUGCGCUUAUUUGCCGGUGUACCGUAUAGCCGAAUUGACCAAUAUUUUUAUUGAUCUUCGGCAUACGGAGAAUCAAGAAACCCCUGAGGCCUCCUCAAGCAAACGUCCUCGGCUUACAUGAGAGUUGAUUGAUGCAGGACGAGGUGGAGCGUUGGAGCAGCAAAGGGGCCAGCAAUGGAUGUCUUCUAUUAACAAGUUUCCUAAGUCUUUGUUAGGUUUUUUUCCCAGUCUUUUGUCUUUUCCUUAAUUCUCCAGCACUCAAAACUGUCAGGUACUGAGGGGAGCCAGUACAUCAUCUGACUAGGAAAGUCUCCUAUUUUUUGAAUUGUCUGUGAAUUUAGAAUGGCCAACACUCUCAACUGAACAGCUUCUAAGAAAAAGACAAUUUUAUU